AUGCCCGGCAAAACCACCUCUUCGCCCCGUAUCACCAAGUUCACCAACUGCCGCUUGGUGCGCGGCUCAUCUCUAGUCGAACAAGAUCUCUGGAUCGACUCCCUGACCGGAAAGAUCCUCAAAGACCAAGAAGCCUUCUAUGAGUUGCACCUCUCCCCGGACGAGAUCAUCGAUCUCGGUGGCCGCAUCGUGGCCCCGGGUAUGAUCGACGUCCAACUCAACGGUGCCCACGGCUUCGACUUCUCCGUUCCAUGUGACACAAAGGAGGAAUACGACGAGGGUCUACGCAUGGUGAACCGCGGUCUCGCUCGUACCGGUGUCACCUCCUAUCUGCCUACACUCGUCAGCUCCACCCCGGAAGUAUACUGGAAGGUCCUCCCAUCCCUCGGUCCAACCGCAGGAAAGCAUCAACCCCAAGAUGGCGCCGAAUCCCUCGGCGCCCACGCCGAAGGACCAUUCAUCAGUCCCGGCCGAAACGGCAUCCACAAGAAGGACGUCCUCCGCUCCGCGCAAACCCUCCAAGACAUAAUGCACUGCUACGGCGCAGACAACCUGGAAGGCUCAAACCCAAUCAAGAUGAUCACAGCCGCCCCAGAAGUCGGCGACAUGAUGUCCCAGAUUCCCGAAAUCACCAAGAAAGAUAUCGUCUUUGCCAUCGGCCACUCGGACGUGACAUUCGAGCAGGCUGUUCAAGCUACUCACCAGGGUGCGCGCAUGAUCACGCACCUCUUCAAUGCUAUGCGGUCUUUCUACCACCGCGACCCUGGUAUCUUUGGCUUGCUUGGUCAAAGUGAGCGCAGGCGGCCGUUUUACGGUGUUAUUGCCGAUGGCAUCCAUUUACAUCCUACUUCUAUUAAGAUUGCGUAUAAUGCGCACCCUGAGGGGUUGAUUCUUGUUACGGAUGCUAUGCGGCUGUGUGGGUUGCCUGACGGUACUUAUGAGUGGACGAAUGGGGAGAGGAUUGUUAAGACUGGUGCGCGGUUGACGCUUGAGGGGUCUGAUAAGAUUGCUGGGUCUUCUGCGACGUUGAUUGAGUGUGUUAACAACUUCCGCCGUUGGUCUGGGUCUUCUACUGCUGCUGCUAUCAAUGCUGUCACUGCUACCCCUGCUCGUCUGCUUGGCUUACAGGGUAUCAAGGGCACAUUGGAUAGCGGCGCUGAUGCCGAUCUGGUGGUGCUGGGCGAGAAUGAUGAUCCGUUCUCUGGUCCUACUUUGACUGUUGAUCAGGUCUGGAAGCUUGGUGCUAAGAUCCAUGACACUGACAAGGCGGUUUGA